AUGCCAAUGGACAUCGAUAUCAGCCGACGAAACAAGGUCCCCCGUCCGCUUUUGGACGAGGAGCGCGCUCUCUUGGAGGAAUUCAUUGAAUCCAUCCACUAUUCGGCCCGAUAUUCCGAUAACGAAUACGAGUACCGACAUGUCCAACUCCCCAAAGCCAUGCUGAAGGUCAUCCCCAAGGACUACCAUGAUACCACUAAGGGCACCCUGAAGCUGCUCUGGGAAGAGGAGUGGCGUGCCCUAGGCAUUACCCAGAGCUUGGGCUGGGAGCACUACGAAGUUCACGAACCCGAACCCCACAUCCUAUUGUUCAAGCGACCCCUCAACUACACCGCUCCUCAGUAG